CCUCGAUACUAAGGACAAGGAGCCCCAAAAUCUCCAUUGAAGCAACAGUCUAGGGUUCGUUCCUCGGGUUAAAGCAGUGGGUCUAAAUAUUUUCUACGAUUCUUCAUUUUGGAGCUCUCAGUUUCCGCAGAGUUCUCCAUUUAGUUACGCUGAAUUCUCACACACAGCAUCUUUGGGGGUACGCAGAUUGGUAUGUUGUUUGGAACUGUUACCUUGCAAGCUUGUUUUAUUAGACAAUAAGAUGCCAAGGGGAAAGGGAAAUGCUUCAUCUACUGCUAGACCAGUUGAACCUGAAAAGCAGAAUGAAUCUGAAAAGCCAGUUGAUUCUGAUGAGAGGGUAGAUCUUGAUGUUGAUAAUGAUCCUGAGGAGACAAUGGAAGAAGAUGUUGAGUACGAAGAAGUAGAAGAGGAGGAGGAGGUUGAAGAAAUAGAAGAAGUUGAAGAAGAGGAGGAAGAGGAAGAGGAGGAGGAGGAGGAGGAGGAGGAGGAGGAGGGUGAGGAAGAAGACGUUGAAGAAGUGGAGGAUGGUGGAAACAAUGAUAAUGGAAAUGAUGCGCAAAAUGAAAUUGGCAAUGACGAGGAUGAAAAGAAAAGGCAUGCUGAGCUUCUUGCCCUACCUCCUCAUGGUUCUGAAGUAUAUAUUGGUGGUAUUCCUCAAGAUUCUUCUGAAGAGGAUUUGAGGAGUUUCUGUGCAUCAAUAGGAGAAGUUACAGAGGUUCGCAUCAUGAGAAGUAAAGACUCAAAUGAGAAUAAGGGCUUUUCAUUUGUUACCUAUAAAAGUGUAGAGUUGGCUUCUAAAGCGAUUGAUGAGCUGAAUAACACUGAAUUCAAGGGGAAGAAGAUAAAAUGUUCAUCAUCUCAAGCAAAGCACCGUUUGUUCAUUGGUAAUGUUCCCAGGAGCUGGGGUGAGGAAGAUCUUAGGAAGGUUGUGACAGAUAUUGGACCUGGAGUUACAGCAGUGGAACUAGUAAAGGAUAUGAAGAAUACUAGCAAUAACAGGGGUUUUGCUUUUAUUGAUUACUAUAAUCAUGCAUGUGCUGAGUACUCAAGGCAGAAGAUGAUGAACCCCAAAUUUAAGCUGGACGAUAAUGCUCCGACUGUAAGCUGGGCAGACCCUAAAAAUGCCGAUUCAUCUGCUGCUUCACAGGUGAAGGCAGUUUAUGUAAAAAAUUUACCAAAGAAUGUAACACAGGAGCAGUUGAAAAGGCUUUUUGACCAUCAUGGGAAAAUUACAAAAGUGGUUUUGCCUCCUGCAAAAUCUGGACAAGAGAAGAAUAGAAUUGGUUUUGUACAUUUUGCGGAGAGGUCCAGUGCUAUGAAGGCUUUAAAAAAUACUGAAAAAUAUGAAUUGGAUGGUCAAGUUUUGGAGUGUUCUCUUGCGAAGCCACAGGCAGAUCAGAAGUCUGGAGGAUCCAAUAGCCAAAAGUCAGGAUUGCUUCCUAAUUAUCCACCUCGUGUUGGAUAUGGCUAUGUUGGAGGUGCUUAUGGUGGUGCUGUAAAUGCAGGAUAUGGUGCUUCUAGUUUUUCUCAGCCGUUAAUAUAUGGAAGAGGACCAACUCCUGCUGGCAUGGCAAUGAUGCCAAUGUUGCUGCCUGAUGGACGGAUUGGCUAUGUCUUGCAACAACCAGGGUCACAGAUGCUAACUCCUCCUCCACAUCCAAGAAGUGGCGGAGGAGGAAGUGGCAGUAAGAAUGGUGGCAGUUCUAGUAGGGGUAGACACACACAUGACAGUGGGCACGGGCGUAGGUAUCGGCCAUAUUAGUUUCUGCCGUUGAAUCUUCUCCGCCAUGAACAGAAAGGUUUCUGCUGGAAGUACCUCUUCGUCUAACAUUGUGAUCAUAGAUUCUUCUUCGGUAUUGAUAAAGUGGAGCUAGCUCAUUUAUUGGCUUUGUAACGUGCUUGUUAGUUUCUACCAAUAUUAUCUAGGUUACAGCUCAUAUUAAUUUAUGUGUUUUUCUCUCGGUUUCGUUCUUUUUGCUUCCCACUUUUAGAUCAGAAUUACGAUUUUAGUGAUCGAAUUCUGUGUGGUAAAAAUGGUGAUCUUGAACUUGGAGAAUUGCAUUUUUUACUUCAAAUAUGAGUAUGGCUUACGUGGUUACAAAUCCAA